ACACGCGUACGCAACCAUUCGUACUGUUCAUUUCCUCGCGAGCGGAAGCCCAGCGCUGCUGCAGACACAGCUCCGGAAUCCAUUUCUAGGCGUACCUUUGCUUUUCCCACGCGCGGCAAGCCGUUUCUAUAGCAACCCGAUUGUGUUUUCGGGCAGCGUCCGUGUGUUCGAACAGCAGCAGGUGUGAGCGACCCUCAGAGGCAAAGUAAUACACAGCAGCAGGUUUUGCAUACAGCGCACGCGACGAGCCCUUACCCCCGUCAGCGACCAUUUUAAAGUGUGUCUGUGCGAAGUGUAAAGUGCUUGCAGAGAAAAAGAAGAGAGAAAGAGUGAAGAAGUGAAAAAAGUGCUGAUAGUAAAAAAAAAACCCGUGCAUUGGAAUAAAGUUGCACCAUCUUUCGGGGGCCGUGUGCAUCGUUGUGUGAACGCGCAGAGUCGUGUGCUGUUAAGCGCAAAAAGAACUUGGAGGUGUGAUUGAAACCUAGCAAUUAUUACAUUGAAUCUUGCUACAUCGAGCCUUCCGGAAACGCUACCAACAACAUGCCUUCGUUAGGGAUAUCGUGUGUGCGCUAUAUGGUGUUUUUCUUCAAUUUCCUGUUUGCGAUCACCGGGCUGGUCGUGAUUGUUACGGGAGCCAUCAUUCAAUCGAAUUAUUACCAUUACUCGAACUUUGUCGGUGACAACUUCUGGACCGCACCGAUCGUGCUCAUCGUCAUCGGGUCGAUCAUCUUCGUCGUGGCAUGCUUCGGUUGCUGCGGUGCCGCCAAGGAAAGCCCGUGCAUGAUCAUCACCUUUUCCAUUUUCCUGGCACUGGUGUUCCUGGCCGAAAUCGGCAUCGGCAUCGCCGGGUACUACAAGCACGAAGAGCUGAGCGGCAUACUGGAGAAGGGCUUCAACAAGACGCUGGACAGCUACGCCACGGACAAGGGCGCCCAGGAGGCGUGGAAUCUCGUGCAGUCGGAGAUGGUGUGCUGCGGCAUUAAGGGACCGGAGGACUGGGAACCGAUCUACAAGAACGACACGGUGCCGCGGGCCUGCUGCCACCGGAUGCCGGUCGGUGUGAACAAGUGCACCAGGGAGUACGCCUCGACGGAGGGUUGCUUCUCGAAGCUGUCCAGCUAUCUCGGCUCGAAAUCGCUCAUCCUCGCCGGCAUUGGCAUCGGGUUGGCCAUUGUGCAGCUGAUUGCUGUCCUGCUGGCCUGCUGUCUGUAUGGAUCCUUCCGCCGUCAGUACGAGACCGUCUAAAUUGAGCAGCAGAGAGAGCAUUUUAAACGAAGAAGAUGAAUACACGACAUCCAUCUUGAAUGCAAUAACAUCACCAAACCACAUACUCUAUCUCUCUUUCCCUCUCAACUAUCCCACAUGGUUGCAUUCCUGUUACCGAAUCAAUCGAAACAGUAUGGGCAAGUCGAUUUAAUAUCAUCUCAUUACCGAUAAACGCCAAAAAAUCAAAUUCACCUCUAACUUUCCUCUAACUGAAGGAGGAAUAGAAAACUUUAAAAUAUUCAAGAAAAUCCCGUUACAGAACAACACAAACAACAACAGGCUCAGAAAAAAAAACAGAUAAAAGAAUACCAUUUGAAUACCUCCAACUCCACCCGGUGGUAGAGCAAUCCCCAAAGGCACUAUCACUACCCGUUCCCACCACCCCCUUCUCUCCCAGCCAAAAGCACACCAGCGAACCAGACAUUCGAAUGUGGGAACAAAUGAAAAUCAAUAAUUUUUCGCUGUACCGAUAGAGUAUCGAGAAGUUGUUUAAAGAAAAGAAGAAAAAAAGGGAAGGUAGUACACGCGGUUUAGAGCGUCGUCCGAAUGCGCGCAUUUAUCAAUACUAUGCAUCCCUCUAGAAAGCAAAGAGAGAGAGCAGCAGCAGCAGUUCCCCCUUGAAACGUUACGUGCUAUGCACGAAGAAGUACCAUCAUCACAACUUUGGUUCAUAGUAUAGCGAUACACACAGUAUAGUAUAGAAGACAGUCGUAGUUUCAUCAAAUGCUAACGUUGGUAAGAAGAUAAGAGAAGGGAAAAAAUGGUAGCCGAUGUAACUUUCAAAUCAAUAUAUUUAGAAGAUUGUGCUAAUAAUGCAUCAUAUAAGGAGAGACCAAUAGGCAGGAGAAAAGAGCGCCCAGAAGAGGUAGCAGCGAAAUUUUGCAUUUGAUUUCACGCUUUAGAUGGUGUAGAAAAUCCCUUAAAAAAAAACACACACACACACUCACUGUCAAACUUUUUAACAUUCCCAACUGAUGUGUGUCCCACUUAGUGUGCUAUUGGCGCACCGAAUCAUGCUGUCCGACUGUGUGUGUGUGGGUAGAUAAUUCCAAAAAGUGAACCACCAACCAAGCUUAAAUGGCGGAUCGAAUAUCGAAUAAGCCAUGUAUGCCGUUGCAACAGUCUAUAUGUGUAUGAAUUUUACAGAUAUAUACAUUUAAAUGUAGAUCGUGAUCGGCUACAAUACGUUCCAUUAACACUAACAGAAGAGGGAUUUUCUAUUUUUAGGUUUUUUCCCCAUUUUAAUAUCUUUAGCAAUUUCGGAAGAUUCGGUAGAGGACAGCAAACAACAGAAAUUGAAUUACAAAUGAAUUUAAUAUUACCAAGUUAAGACUGGCGUUAAAGCAUACAUUUAUUAUCAUUCCAUUUAUUAUUAUACUUUCCAUAAACAUUCUGGUCAAGAGGGAGGAAACGUUUCUUAUAACGAUUUGAAACUAUUUUCUGUACCAACCGUCACGAUUCGUUAAACCUAUUAACGGAAGUUUCAAACUUGCACCGAAAAUGCACUGGAAUGCAAUCGGGAGUAAAGAGGAAAGGGGUUUGAUUGCACACGGUUUGAGAAAAUAAUUUAACACUCACAUACACAACCUAGGAUGUUGGUUUGAUUGGUUCGAUGCGAAUAACAAUACAGUUUUAGGUGUUCACUGUGUGUGUGUGGCAGGCACGAUUACACAAGGUUUUGCAAUUUAUAUUGGCACGCACACCUUCCACCUUACCUUUACACACCAUCACGAAGAAUCUCACAAUGUUUGCUAAAUAAUAAUAAAUAGGAGGGAAAUGAAACAACCGAAACAAAUUCAUUGCAUAGAGGAUUGUAAGAAAACAAUCGCUCCUCGUUCUCUCUCUCCGCCCCAAAAAAGUAGGUAACAGCAGGCACCACCAUGUGUGUAGUGCAGUAGAAGAAGUACAGCGCUAUAAAUGUGUGUGUGUGUUUAUCACGAAGAACAAUAUUGUUCAAUUUUAGUAAUGCAUUACGAUUUGCGUAUGCUCAAAGACAUUAUAACGAACGAAAAGAAGAAACCGGGCAAUGAAAGAAGGAGCGCAUGCAAACGUUUUUUUUGGUGAAAUACAUACAAUACAUAAAUGAAACUAUUUACAAAAGCUGCUCAAAAUAUACCGAAGAAAAUAUAUAAUAACAUAGAAAGAGGUUUUUUGUUGUAACACACACACAUUCUCUGUCGUUUUAUUAGUAUGAAACAUUAAAAAAAGCAAGUGAAAUAUAUUUCUCUUUUUUAACAACACAUCCACCAUUUAACAAGGACGAAAAACACAAGGAAACAGAAAUAAUAAAAAAAAAAAAACUGUAGUCAGUAGGAGGUAUUUUUGCUUUUUUUCCUGUACCGGUACCGGUACCGUAUAUUCAUUACAUUAUUAUAUUUUACAUUUUUUUCUGUGUGUUGCAUCAAUGUAUUUCUCAGUAGGGGUGUGUGGAAGAGACAGAGCAGCUGUGUUAAUAUUUUUAUAAAUGUAUUUUACUGAUUAAUUGCUAGAGACACUACCUACAAUAAAAAUGAAAGGCGUAGGCCGAUACACGGCAAAACUGAAAA